AUGCUGAAGUUCGCUGCUCUCAAUUCGGACGGGAGCAGUGGCUCUAUCAAUGAAGAAGUCGGAUGCCAAGUUCAAACGCGGGAGGCUCAGGAAGGCCAAGCCUUCGCACUCUACAGAGACGCGCUCCACGAUCUAAGCGGGGACCGACCGGAGGAUGGGAUCCAGAAAUUCCGUCAGCUCCUGAAACUCGACUACCUCAACGAGGAAGAUCCGGAAGCUCAUCGGAAGUCCGGUUCGACGCUCCCCACAUCUCUACAAUUGAAGUAUUUAGCUUACAAGAAUCUAGGCGAUGCCUACUUCAAAAUGGAGCGUUUACGAAAAGCGGCGAAAUAUUUCGUCGAAGCAACCAUGAUCGAUUGGAAGGACAUACCGACGUGGUUCAGGAUCGGUGAUAUCGGAAUGCAGAUGUUGAACUUGCAACUGGCUCGUAAUUCUUUCGAAAUGGCGGUCACCCUGAAACCGGAUCAUUGGCCCAGCGUCGAGCGUCUCAUAUCGGUGCUUUAUAUUCUGGGUGAUUACGCGAACUGUCUCGAGUUCUGUCGGAGGACUCUGACAGCUGAGCCCGGCUUCAAGCAAGCAAUUGUGCUAGCCGACAAAAUCUUCGAGGAUGCGCCAUUCCUGAAGGACAUGUAUCGUGAUGCCUACACAACCUUCGAGGAUGCCUUGCAGGACUGUGAUAUAUCAGCCGAGGAAUCGGCUGAAAUUGUGGAGGAGUGCGAGAACAUACGGAACGAGCGCCGGGAAUACUUGAGCUGGCUCUCGGAGGAAACUGCUCCGAAGGAUUCACUGAAGCUCCGCAGGACACUGUCUGACUUCACUUGGUGCCUACUCGGCGGACUUCUUAUCGCUCAUUACGAUAGCGUGUCGACGUCAAACAAUCCAUCACUCCUGUUGGAAAGGAUUGAAUUCUCUGAAGGAGAAACCGCGACUUCUCCUGAAGAGAGAUCGAGAUUUCGCUUCGACUCAUCAUCCGAGGACGACAGCAGCAGUGAGGAAGACGAAACCGAUGACUCUCGACCGGGUUUCGAUUACAAAAUGACUGAUUCCUCGUUAGAUAAUGAGAGUUCGCAACAAAUCAACGAUCUCGCAAUGCUCAUAGGUGAUAAUACUCCCAGCGAUUCCUUGCUGGACGAUCUCGGUAUCCUCAUCGAAGAUUCUCGAUCUCAGCGUCGAAAGAAGGUAUUCCAUGACUUUCUCUCGAACACGAAGCGGCGAUCGGCGAGGAAUCGUCAAGGCAAGAAAACAGUGGACCUCAGCGUCAAUUACCGCGAACUCCUCAUCCAAUUCUUGCCGACGUCGAUCUUCAGUGAAGUUUGUGUCUUCGAAGGAGACCGAGACGAGGCCGCCGUGCACGCUGAGCAUAGAGCUUAUCCCAACGUGGUCAGCGACCUGAGGGACAACGAGACCAGUGAGGUGAAAGAUUUCCUCGAGCUGCACAAAAACGCUUCGGCCUUGGAUUUCAUGUUCGAGUACUUGACCGCCAUCAGUAGACAGGACGACAAGCGCUGGCCACGAGAGCUCAAAAGCAUUUUCAUGGGUCUGUACGAGCGCAUUCGACAUAAUUUCCAGAAACCGGACGAUACCGACGAGAGCAAGACGGAAGAAGUUCUGAAAUGGGCUCGUCUGGAACUCAAUGUUUGCGAGUUAUUCCUCGAACGCUACAUUCUCGCCAACAUGAAAGCCGAGCAGGUGGAAUUCACCGAGAGGUUCCCUCUGAACGAAUACAUCGCCACGCUCGAUUCCGUUUACCGUCAAACCCACAGAAGAGUCGCUCUGGGUGAACAGUGGCUGGUUUACACCGCUCGAGCUCUGUACCUCGAAGCGCGGUUCUACAUGCACUUCGGCGACAUACAGAUGGCAUGUAGCAGACUCGAACAGCUAUGCGUCGUGAUGGAGCAGAAGCACCUCCUGCAGCCUGACCUCGAUGCCGUGGACUGCAUCAAGGUUGUUAAUCUCAAGCACAAUAAUAUCGUGUCCGCCAAAAUCGCCAGGGAACUCAUCGACGGGAUCCAUCGACUCCGACAUCUUGAAGAUCUUCAGAAUCUUCUCGAUGCCAAGCAAUACGAUAAAAUCGUAUCGCUGGUGAGCGAGACAUUCAAAAUCGACCGUCGGGUUCAGGCCAAGACGAGCGUUAAACCCCGCUAUGAGCAGUUGCUGCUGCUCCACCACGCCUUGUGCAUGUUAGGAGACGACGAGAAAACGCUGUACUGGGGUGAAUCCUCAAUCCACGAGUGUCUGAAUCAGUACGUGCGAGCCACGGAGCAGGACAUGAGGUACCAUUGGUCGGAGACGGCGGUGAAGCUCAUCGACGAGAUCUACGCACUGAUCGAGAGACAUCCUUCAGUGCUGGAUAGUUUGACUCCGGAGAAGAUGUCGAGGUUCGCGCACACGCUGAUCAAGAUCAUCUCGCUACAAAUGGAUCUCCGGGAGUCCGUGGACAACAUGGCCAUUCCCUCCGUGCUGACGUGGAACAUGCUCUACCAUGUGAUCAAACACGAAGAAGACCGGAUCGUCAACGAAAAAAGCGCAGAGACCGCUAUGCCCCUCUCGCUCAUGAUGCUGUUCACGGCGCAUGAGUAUUUGGGGAAGAGAAACUGGUGCAUGAGGAAUCAGGGUGCUUUUGUACUACUCUGCGUCCGUGUCAUGAUGAACGAGACCAUUGAAUUCAGAGAAACCCUGGGAACGCAUCCGUUCGAGGAGGAUCUCACCGCUGGCCUGGAGCAAUGCUUCUACUGUCUUUACGGCCAGGACAGGACCAAGAAGAAAACUCAAGUCCAGGAUCACAACGCCUCCCCUCUGAAACUGAAUUGGGACCACGCUAAAUACGUUUUCACGUUCUACAAGCCACCGCGACUGCCGGAAUUCGACUCGUACAAACAUCCGGGCAUCUCGGCCGAAGCAGAAGCUCUGUUCAAGCGGAUAGCGUCGCUGAUCCCAAGCGAAAGCAACCCGACCAGUUGCGCGGACAGAAUGGCGAUCUUCAUCGAGAGCUCCUCGUCGGGCCAGAUGCCGCAAAUGCCUGAGAACUGUCCGGAUAAGGAGCUCAUCUCGGAACUGUACUACCUGCUCGGGGACUACUACUUUAAAAAUAAGGAUUUCAUCAAGGCGUCACGCUACUACAUGCUGGACAGCUGCGUGAAUCCUCAGCGGAUCGAUUCCUGGGCGGGCAUGGCCCUGUCGAGGAGCGCCCAGAUCGAACAGCGGAUGAACUCCUGCGAUUUGAAAAAGGACGGCUCCCAAGUCCUCAAACGGAGCGACGGCGCUAUAUUUUGUUUCCAGAAGGCCCUCGAUCUCGACGCAAGCAACGCGAGUCUCUGGAUCGAAUGCGGCUCGUGUGCGUAUUCGAUCGUAUCGUUCCUGUGUCGCCAGAUGAAACUCCGCAGCGAAUUGGAUCUAUCGUCGGAGACGAUGUCCGACUAUCGCAGGAAAAAAGUCGAAUAUCUCAAUAUGGCUAAAAAAUGCUACACCGAAGCGAUUCGCUGCGAAGCCGAAGGAACCGGGAACGAUGAGCAGUGGCUGUGCCAUUACAUGCUGAGCAAAAUCACGCACAAAAUGGGCGAACCCCUCGAAGUGUACCUGCAUCACGUGUCUAGCGCCGCCUAUCACCUUCACGAAUUGGAUGCUCGUUAUCCGAAAAAAGUCAUAUACCACAGUCCCGCGCAUCUGUCGAUAGAAUCGCUCGAGAUGCACUACAAAAUACACGCGUUCUCCAUGAAGUUUCUGAUCAAGCAUCAAGACAGACAGAUCUCGCCGGCUGAGCUCCAAAUUCUUGAGAAGUACGUGAGGGAGGCGAGCGAAGGAAACUUUGCCCAGCAUCGGGAAAAGCUCAAGGAAGGUUCGAUCGCCGAGGCCGAGGACAGCGACGGAAGCCGAACCCCGAAACGAGGUCCGGGUAGACCAAAAAAGUAAGCGUCGAAGAGCAAAGAGAAAAAAAUCGAAGAACUCUCAAACCCUCAGACUGUGCGGAGGAGUUCCCGCAAGCGGCCAUCUUCUCAGGACGACAUCGCGUCGAUCCUCGGAGCGUUGAAAGCGAAACCCAACAGGAGCAACUCGCAGGAAGAGUCCGACGAGGACGCGGUGAAGUCCAUAGUGGAUGAGAUAGUCACCGACGUAGACGAAAUCAUCCAGCGAGAACGGAGAUGCAGAGACAUGUCGGAAUACGAGACCAUCCUCGAGAAGCUUGUUGGGUAUUGUCUGGCAGCUUUCAGGGAGUGCCUGUUCCGCUUUUCCGCGCAUUUCAAAUCGAUCUACCAGAUGGCGAAUUUCUAUUUCCGCUACAAACGUCAUCAGGACGUCAAUCUCUCCCUGGAUUACUUGAUGGCGAAGCAAUCGAAACCACCCAGACUAUGCACGCCUGGACUUUUCGCCGAAAGAAAACCUAUAAGUUUGUUCCAUGGCGUUUGGCACAUACCGGCUGACGAAAUCGAUCGCGCCGGAAGCUUCGCCACACACCUAUACCGGGCGACGAAACUCGCACUUCAGAUCGCUAUUCGUCUCAACGAUCACGAAUCCCUCAUGCAAAUCGGUCUCAUGCUGGGCAAAACACCCGAAAUGGAGAGGAAAUACAUCCGAGACUUCGACAGGACCCUGAUCUCGAAACGAGCGAUGGUGAAGAGCCUGAAAAUUCUCAACGAUAACUUCAGCUCCCUGAUGAAUGAGGAGCCACCACCUUCUGAGAAGGAGCUGGUUCAAGGUCUGGUGAAUAUCUACCGCGUAUGGCAGCAGUGCACGAAGAUCAAUUGCUACGUCAAGGAAGUUGAGAGCGUUUUCAGAGAGAGCUAUACGCUAAUGAAGUUGGGAGAAGUGGACUCGCAGCCUACUGUUGUCGAACAGGCUGUCUCGUUUUGCUCCAAAUAUCUUACUCGGGAAGCUCGCAAAGAAAAAUUAGCUCAACAGGAAGCGCAGAGAUUGGCGAAACUAAAGCAAGAAAUGGCAGUCAAAGCUGCACAGGACGCAGCCAGAGCCGCAGCUCUAGCGGCACAACAAGCUCAAGCCCAAGCGCUCAAGGAGCAGAUGGCCCAACAAGAAGCUCUACAGCAAGCGAUGAUGCUUGCGACCACUAAUCCAUUCUACAAUUCACCUGUCAUUGCUCACACCGAGACUUCAUCCACAAAAUUAGCUCCCAUUCCCUCGCAAAGCCGUAUUUCGCCCCCAAAAGCCUCGAAAGAGUCUGCGUCGGUAGUGUCUGCGACGAACUCGAGUCUUGCUCGGAGUUCGACCGAGGUGAAAACGGCGACUGCGCCUCGUUCAGAAGUACCGAAAAUUGAUCUCAAUCCGAAAUCCAUCUCGCCUCAUGUGGUCAAGUCUAUGGGCGUCAUCGCUCGGCUCCAAGAACGAGCUUUCGAGAUGGACGGUUCCAAGCACCAUCAUGAGAAGAAAUCAGAGCGCAGUCCUCUCAAAGACGAUCACCAUCCACGUAAAUCUCCGCCACUAUCCACUCUCCUUCUGGAUGGCUUGGCAGCGGACAUCCCCCUCAGCUUACUCACCUCGAAGAGCUCGAUCGGAACGAAGAGACCGUUGGACUCCGAGCUGAUCGUGCUGGAGGACAGCAUCGAUAAAAAAUUAAUACCGGACACAUUCCAAGAAUUGAAGAAACCAAGAGCCGAGAUUACAACUUCUGGAGGAGCCGAGCCCGCCGAAGGAGCAGACAGCGAUGAUAGUGAUUGCGUGAUCGUGGAAGACGCCUCCGUACCGAAGUCACUGGCCUCCAUCCUCCCCAAAGGAAUCACCGUCACUUUGAGCAAUAAGAACAAAUAG